AUGAUAUCUUUAAUUGACUGCGUUUCUACACCUACUGUUAAUGAUAUGAUUUGGAAUGGAGGAGGUAAUACUUCUAUUUCAAAUUACAACUCGACAAACAAUUAUGUUACUUCAUCACCUGGAUUUUAUUUCGGAAAUUCAUUUGGACGAGCUACAGCAUCAUUUGUAAAUGUUUUAUUGGGAACAGCUACAUUAAACGCAAUUGUAUAUUCAGAUUCAGAUUGUCUUUUGAAAUAUUCAAAUUUUUAUAAAAAUAAAGUUAAUGAUGACACUCAAUGGUUUUUAUGUUUUAAAGUAGGAACAUCAUCUGUUGAUCAUUGCGUAUUUGCUAAUAAUACUGCCAAAACAUUUGAAUAUACACAAUUAUCAGUUUCAUAUUGUUCGUUUGAUCAAAAUUCGUUUAGUUCGAUACCUUCGUCGAUUCCAUAUAAAGGAUCGUAUAGCUUUGUUGUGAAUACUGAAUGCCAUAUGUUGAAACAAGACAAUUGCAACAAAAAGUAUUCAUGUGUUUCCAAAUAUUUCAACAUGAACUAUCUUCUAUCUUCUUUCUCCAUCUUCAUUCUUUUCCUCUAA